CCAUCAUGCCUAGCGCCGCUCCUUCCUUUCUUCUCGGCGGUGUGGUGCUCCAAAAAUGUCGCUUUUAGAAGGUCCGUUAAAUGUGCUCGGCCAGAGGACGUCUGGCGAAUCUGUCCGCACUCAAAAUGUCAUGGCCGCAGCAUCCAUCGCUAACAUCGUCAAGAGCUCACUUGGACCCGCCGGACUGGACAAGAUGUUGGUGGACGACAUCGGGGAGGUGACCAUCACAAACGACGGGGCGACCAUCCUGAAGAUGUUGGACGUGGAGCACCCCGCCGCCAAGGUCCUGUGUGAACUGGCUGACCUGCAGGAUAAGGAGGUCGGAGACGGGACCACGUCUGUGGUCAUCCUGGCUGCGGAGCUGCUGAAGAGCGCGGAUGAGCUGGUGAAGCAGAAGAUUCACCCCACGUCUGUCAUCAGCGGAUACCGUCUGGCCUGCAAAGAGGCGGUUCGUUACAUCAACGAGAAUCUCACCAUCGGCGCAGACGAGCUGGGAAGAGAAUGCUUACUCAACGCAGCCAAGACGUCCAUGUCGUCCAAAAUCAUCGGAGUCGAUGCCGACUUCUUCGCCAACAUGGUGGUGGACGCUGCCUUGGCUGUGAAGUUCGUCGACGGCAAAGGUGUGGCCAAGUAUCCCAUCAACUCCGUCAACGUCCUGAAAGCUCACGGCCGCAGCCAGAAGGAGAGCUUCAUCGUGAACGGAUACGCUCUCAACUGCACAGUGGGCUCGCAAGGUAUGGUGAAGCGCGUGGUCAACGCCAAGAUCGCCUGUCUGGACUUCAACCUGCAGAAGACCAAGAUGAAGAUGGGAGUCCAGGUGGUCAUCAACGAUCCGGAGAAGCUUGACCUGAUCAGACAGAGGGAGUCGGAUAUCACCAAGGAGAGGAUCCAGAAGAUUUUGGCGUCGGGCGCCAAUGUCGUUUUGACGACCGGUGGUAUCGAUGACAUGUGUCUGAAGUAUUUUGUGGAUGUCGGAGCCAUGGCCGUGAGGAGGGUCCUGAAGAGGGACCUGAAGCGCAUCGCUAAAGCAACAGGAGCCACCAUGUGUCCGUCUCUCACCAACUUGGAGGGAGAGGAGACGUUUGAGGCCACCAUGCUGGGCCAGGCCGAGGAGGUGGUGCAGGAGCGUAUCUGUGACGACGAACUCAUCCUGGUUAAGAACACCAAAGCACGCACGUCUGCCUCCAUCAUCCUGCGAGGCGCCAACGACUUCAUGUGUGACGAAAUGGAACGCUCCUUGCAUGACGCACUGUGUGUGGUGAAGAGGGUGCUGGAGUCAAAGUCGGUGGUGCCAGGAGGUGGCGCAGUGGAGGCGGCCCUGUCUAUUUACCUGGAGAACUACGCCACCAGCAUGGGCUCCAGAGAGCAGCUGGCCAUCGCAGAGUUUGCCCGCUCCCUCCUCAUCAUCCCCAAAACUCUGGCAGUGAACGCAGCGCAGGACUCGACCGACCUGGUGGCCAAGCUGCGAGCCUUCCACAACGAAGCUCAGGUCAACCCUGAACGCAAGAACCUCAAGUGGAUCGGUCUGGACCUGAUCAAUGGCAAACCCAGAGACAACCGCCAGGCCGGCGUCUACGAGCCCACCAUGGUCAAAACAAAGAGCCUGAAGUUCGCCACCGAGGCAGCCAUCACCAUCCUGCGUAUCGACGACCUGAUCAAACUGUUCCCGGAGCCAAAAGAGGGCGGCCAGUCGUACAAGGACGCCGUGGAGUCGGGCUCUCUGCAGGGUUAACCCUCGCCUUCUUUGUAUUUAUACACGUGGAGCUCUUGUGGCUGUAGCACUAGAACCAGCUGUUGCUUGUUUACUCCCCCCCCACCCCUUCGUCUGAGGGGCUGUAACUGAUUUUGGACACUUGAUGACAAUAAACCUCCUGUGGUCAAUGA